AUGCCUAUUACAAGGAGUAAAGGAAAAUUGGAGGAGCGCGGCCCGGAAGAAGCUCGAGACAUAUUACACGCAUCGACAUCCGCGUCCGCGUCCGCGAUCGCAACUGAACCGAAGGAGCCAACUGAACCAGUACCUACAAUCGCGCCCACGUUAGACCCGAGGCAAGAGCUUUCGACCGCGGCAUACGUUUCACCGACUACGCUCCGCCACAUAACGUACCACGCCCCCCCGCGUUCGCCGUCGCGUGUCCGGGAUGCGUCGCCUGCGCUCGGCAGUCUCUCGUCGUCCGCCGCGCAGACUGCACAGGUGCGCGCUCGUGCGCGCGCUCGCGUCAUCGACCGGUCGCGUAUGGAACCGCCUCUCCCCGCGCCCCCGCCCUCGCAUAGGGUCCCGUCGGUAGGCGGAUCGAUGAAGUCACGUGAGAAAGCGAUACUACGAGCUCGUGAAGAAGUAUUGAAGAUUAAAUUGGAACUUGCGGAACUCAAUUUAAGAAGAGCUCGUGAAGAAUCGGAAAAUGAAGACGAUUCAGAAGGAUCGACAAUUCCCGAACGGGAAGAAUAUGUUGAUACGUGGCUGAAAGAAACCAAUCGAGAACGGUCGGUCCCACCACCGCCGUCGCAGUUGAUAGAAGGAGCCCCUCUUCAGACGACUGAUCCCGUGAAUGACGGGCGAAAUCUUGUAUCGGCGCCGAAUGAGGGACAAACUGCAAUUGAAGAAGAGCCACCACUAAUCAACAUUGAAGAAGAAAAAGAGAAAAAAGAAAUACAACGAAACGAAAGAAGAUCAAGAAGAAAGCUAGAUAUAUCAGAGCUAGCAUCGGCGAUAGCCCUCGCUGCCCGCGCCGGUCAAUCAACACCCGCGCCGCGGUAUAUAUCCGAAUUACCGUUAUUUUCGGGGGCUCACCACGAAUGGCUGUCAUAUCAAGCUGCUUACAACGAAUCAAGAAAUUACUACAGUGAAGUUGAAAAUAUCGCAAGGCUUAGAAGAAGUCUAAGAGGGAGAGCACUCGAAGCAGUGAAUUCGUUAUUAAUUGCGAAUCCCAAGCCAGAUGAAGUGGUGAACGCAUUGAAGACAAGAUUUGGCCGGCCCGACGCAAUCGCAAUUUCAGAGAUAGAAAAGUUGAGAAGUUUACCGCGCUGUAGUGAAGCCCCAAGAGAAAUAUGUGCCUUCGCGGGAAAGAUAAGAAACAGUGUGGCAACACUACAGGCAUUAGGAAAAGAACAAUAUAUGUUCAACCCGGAGUUAGUACGUGUUAUCACCGACAAGUUACCAUCGAUUCUGAAGUUUAGAUGGUAUGAGAAAUCGAGUCGGGACAAGAAAGAACCGGAUUUAGUUUGCUUCGCGAACUUCAUUGAUACAGAAGCGGAUUAUUGUAGUCAGUUUGCGCCGCCGGAACAAGUGGACAUGAACGAUAAAUUCAAACAACGUGCAGUUCAGAAAAUUCAUACUCAAGUGAUACAAACGGACAAACCAGUGUUAACGUGCCCGGUAUGUGACAAAUCUCAUUUAGUUCAAAGUUGUGACGUUUUUAAAAAUUCCGAUAUAAACAAUAGAUGGGAACUCGCUAAAAAAUAUAAACUGUGUUUCAAAUGUUUACGUGUUCGAAAGUGGAAACAUUCGUGCAAAAUACAACAGUGCGGAGAUCAGGGACGCCGUGGCACACAUAACAAACUAUUGCAUAACCCGCGAUCAGGAAUUAUUAAAACAAUAACAGUGGAGACAAAUUCGGAAUGUGUAACUGCGGCUCGUGCGGAAACAAAGGCAUGUACAUACCUGAAGGUGUUACCAGUGCGUGUCAAAGGACCGGCGGGAGAGAUGUCCGCCCUCGCCCUCCUCGACGACGGGUCAACGGUGACUUUAAUCGAAAGUCAAAUGGCUGAGAGGAUUGGAGCUGAAGGCGUCGAGGAGCCUCUCAUCAUCGAGGCGAUUGGUGACACCAGGAUAAGUACACCGAGAUCAAAACGAGUAAAGAUCGAAAUAACAGGUAUGAAUAAUUACUCUAUCACUUUAAGUGCUCGAACAGUGAAUAGCCUGAAUAUUUCUCCACAAGCCGUUAGUCCCAUUGAUAUUGUCGAUUGUGAUCACUUGAGAGAAUUCAGAAAUGAAAUUAUAUAUGAGGGCGCCAAGCCGACCAUUUUAAUCGGGCAAGAUAACUGGAAUCUGCUUAUAGCUGAUCAGAUUCGAAUUGGCAAAAAGGGACAACCAAUUGCGUCACGAACACCACUCGGAUGGGUGCUUCAUGGGACCAGGACACGCUCAUUAGGUCAGUUAGUUGAUUAUGUAAAUAGAAUUACUGAGGUUAAUUAUUGCAAUAAUGAUAAUGAAAACGAUUGUGCUAAUCAACUAUUAAAACAAUACUUCUCAUUGGAAUCCCUGUUGGUCAACCCGAAACGACCGCUUUCUGACCCCGAGAUGAGGGCAGAAAAGCUACUCCAUGAAAAUACUAAGCGGAGGGAUGACGGCCACAUUGAAACGUCGCUGUUAUGGCGCCGUGAUGAUAUUGUUAUGCCAAAUAAUUAUGAGAAUGCUUACCGUCGUCUUCUCUCAGUGGAGAAGAAAUUAGACAGGGAACCAGACUUGAAGGUAAGAUACCACGAGGAGAUGAAUGCACUGAUCGAGAAAGGAUAUGCUGAGCCUGCCCCGGAAAACUCGACACCUGGACGUACUUGGUAUUUGCCCCAUUUCGAAGUUCGUACCCCUGCCAAGCCCGGUAAGGUGAGAAUAGUACACGACGCAGCCGCUAAAUAUCGUAAUGUGUGCCUUAAUGAUCAUUUGCUUACUGGUCCAGACUUACUGCAGUCGCUGCCCGGUGUCCUGAUGAGGUUCCGACGCCACCCGAUAGCCGUGACAGCUGAUAUAGCCGAGAUGUUUAUGCAGGUGAAAAUAAGGGAGGAGGAUCGUGACGCCCUGAGAUAUUUGUGGCGCGGUAACGACCGCGACGGGCCGCCACAUGAGUAUAGAAUGUCAUCAUUAAUUUUUGGUGCAUCCAGCUCCCCCUGCACAGCUAUAUUCGCGAAAAAUUGGAACGCGAAAAGGCACGCGGACACACACCCUGAAGCGGUAGCAGCGAUUGAAAAUCAUCAUUAUAUGGAUGACUAUUUGGAUAGUUUUCCCACUGAAGAAAUUGGAAUUGAAACUGCUUUAUUGGUACGUAAUAUACAUAGAGAAAGCCACUUUGAAUUAAGAAAAUGGAAUUCCAAUUCGAAGAGGAUUUUGCAAGCUGUCAAAGGAGAACAGCAUACGGAGACUGUCGAUAUAGGACCAAGCUUGAGCAUGGAGAAGGUGCUCGGCUUAGUAUGGAGACCGGAGAAUGACAACCUAGAGUUUAAUCCACAUCUAGCUAGAGUUUCACCAGUCCUAUUGGAAAAUAAAUCCCCUACGAAGCGAGAGGCUUUGAAAAUUGUUAUGUCUCUUUUUGAUCCAUUGGGCUUAGCCUCACCUGUAACAGUGAGAGCUAAGCUAGUUUUACAGGAGGCAUGGAGACGAGGAACUGGCUGGGAUGAAGUUCUUGACGACGACCUGUCAGAGAGAUGGAGCAGAUGGCUGAAUGAUCUCCGAGACGUUUUGCGCCUCACUAUACCACGGUGCUACAAGGGAUACAGCACCGCCGCGAGGAUCGAGAUGCACACGUUCGUCGAUGCAAGUGAGGUUGCCUACGCUGCCGCAGUUUAUUGGAGGAUAACGACCCCAGAUGGUGAGGUACAUUUAUCAUUAGUAUUAGCGAAGGCACGCGUAGCACCUGUGAAGAUAAUGUCCAUCCCACGUCUCGAGUUACAAGCUGCUGUACUGGGAAGCCGUCUUGCCGCCUCAGUUUUAGAAGAACAUCACAUAGAGAUAGAAUCGAAAACUUAUUGGACUGAUAGUAAGACUGUGUUGACUUGGAUAACAUCAGGAUCGAAAUCUUAUAAGCCUUUUGUAGCUCACAGAGUCGCUGCCAUCGAGGAGCAUACAGCAGUGAACGAGUGGCGUUGGGUACCGAGUCGCCUCAACGUGGCAGACAUCGCCACACGAGAGACAACCCCCUCCUUCACGCAAGCCAGUCCCUGGUUCACCGGUCCUGACUUUCUACGAGAGGGUGAGGCUACCUGGCCUCACGAUAAGCCACCACAACUCGAGAUCACCGGUGAGGAGAGGACCAUGAUACUUACCGAGGUAAGAGAGAGGGCGAGAGCCAGCCAGGCGAUUCCUGACCCAUCACGUUUUUCGCGGUGGGAGAGGCUACAGCGCGCCACUGCUCGAGUAUUACAAUUCUUAGCGCUCUGUCGAGUUGAGAGAACACACUACAAAAGGACUAUGAAAAAAGGCGAUCAAGACCCUGAUUGGAAGAAAACAAGCGCACGUCAAGUUUCGAAACAGAGACCUGUACAUGUUAAUGAUAACAAUGAUAAAAAUUUUCUGCCCUUAGAUGCUUUGUUUAUUCAACAAGCGGAGACUUUGUUGGUACGGGCCAGCCAGGAGGAAGCGUUCCCUGAGGAAGUGCGGGACGUAGAGGACGACAAGGCGGUAUCUUCACAUAGCCGACUACGUUUGUUACCCAUAGAGAUGAGAGGUAAACUUUUAUGUAUACGUAGUAGAAUAGCAGCGGCUGAAGAUAUACCGGAACCGACCCGCAGCCCUCCUGUGUUAGACGGGAAUCAUAGAGUGACUCGUUUGUAUAUAGAUUGGACACAUCGCUCUCUGCAUCACGGGGGAGUAGAGAUGACCAUAAACGAGAUACGUCAGCAUUAUUGGGUCAUCAAGCUACGCACGACAACAAGGUCUAUUGUGAAGAGCUGUUUAAUGUGUCGUAUUAGGAGAGCGACACCUCCAGUGCCUGCGACUGGAAAUCAUCCGAGAACGAGACUUGCUCAUCAUCAACGUCCGUUUACUUUUACGGGCCUCGAUUACUUUGGACCGUUAUCUGUUACAGUGGGCCGCCAACACCAAAAGCGCUAUGUAGCGCUUUUCACCUGCCUGACCACUCGGGCAGUCCACCUCGAGGUCGCCGCCAGCCUGAGCGCCGACUCCGCGAUCCUCGCUUUGCGGAGGAUGAUAGCGAGGCGAGGCUGUCCGUCUGAGAUUCACUCGGACAAUGGGACCAACAUGCACGGAGCCGACCGAGAGUUGCGACGCGCGCUACAAGAUGAAGCGUCGCAGCGCUCCAUCACGUGGCGAUUCAUCACGCCCUCUGCGCCCUUUAUGGGGGGUGCAUGGGAGCGCCUAGUAAGAACCGUGAAGACUGCCCUGCUGAGCGUCCUACAUGAGAGACAUCCGAGAGAAGAGGUCCUCGCUACUCUGCUCUGUGAGGUAGAGUACUCCGUGAAUAGCCGACCUCUCACGCAUGUGUCGGUAGAAGCCACAGAUGACGAAGCCAUCACACCUAACCACUUCCUGUUGGGUGGUUCUGCUCGUGUCCCACUGCCCGGGACUUUCACCGAAAAGGAUAUAGACCAUCAACUACAAUGGAGGAGAGCUCAAUACUUAGCCGAUCUAUUUUGGAAGAGGUGGCUAAAAGAAUAUUUGCCAGAGCUACAAUACCGGCGGGAGCCACAUGGCCGGGGUCCUUCCAUACAACUCGGGGACCCAGUCCUGAUAGUAGAUGGACAGCUUCCGCGCAACACGUGGCCGCGAGGCCUCGUGGUUGCAGUCUACCCGGGCGCUGACAACGUCGUACGCACAGUAGAGGUCCGCACAGCCGGUGGACUUCUAAAAAGUCCGGUUAAGAAGUUGGUAUUGCUACCAAAAUGA